AUGACAACACAGCACGUCCAACUACAACUGAAGAAGACUACAUUACGAAUACCACCGAUGACAACACAGCACGUCCAACUACAACUGAAGAAUACUACAUUACGAAUACCAUCCAAGACAACACAGCACGUCCAACUACAACUGAAGAAACCUACAUUACGAAUACCAUCCAAGACAACACAGCACGUCCAACUACAACUGAAGAAGACUACAUUACGAAUACCAUCCAAGACAACACAGCACGUCCAACUACAACUGAAGAAACCUACAUUACGAAUACCAUCCAAGACAACACAGCACGUCCAACUACAACUGAAGAAGACUACAUUACGAAUACCAUCCAAGACAACACAGCACGUCCAACUACAACUGAAGAAACCUACAUUACGAAUACCAUCCAAGACAACACAGCACGUCCAACUACAACUGAAGAAAACUAUAUUACGAAUACCAUCCAAGACAACACAGCACGUCCAACUACAACUGAAGAAGACUACAUUACGAAUACCACCGAUGACAACACAGCACGUCCAACUACAACUGAAGAAUACUACAUUACGAAUACCACCGAUGACAACACAGCACGUCCAACUACAACUGAAGAAUACUACAUUACGAAUACCACCGAUGACAACACAGCACGUCCAACUACAACUGAAGAAACCUACAUUACGAAUACCACCCAAUGACAACACAGCACGUCCAACUACAACUGAAGAAUACUACAUUACGAAUACCACCGAUGACAACACAGCACGUCCAAAUACAACUGAAGAAUACUACAUUACGAAUACCACCGAUGACAACACAGCACGUCCAACUACAACUGAAGAAUACUACAUUACGAAUACCACCGAUGACAACACAGCACGUCCAACUACAACUGAAGAAUACUACAUUACGAAUACCACCGAUGACAACACAGCACGUCCAAAUACAACUGAAGAAACCUACAUUACGAAUACCACCCAUGACAACACAGCACGUCCAACUACAACUGAAGAAUACUACAUUACGAAUACCACCGAUGACAACACAGCACGUCCAAAUACAACUGAAGAAUACUACAUUACGAAUACCACCGAUGACAACACAGCACGUCCAACUACAACUGAAGAAUACUACAUUACGAAUACCACCGAUGACAACACAGCACGUCCAACUACAACUGAAGAAUACUACAUUACGAAUACCACCGAUGACAACACAGCACGUCCAAAUACAACUGAAGAACACUACAUUACGAAUACCACCGAUGACAACACAGCACGUCCAACUACAACUGAAGAAUACUACAUUACGAAUACCACCGAUGACAACACAGCACGUCCAACUACAACUGAAGAAUACUACAUUACGAAUACCACCGAUGACAACACAGCACGUCCAAAUACAACUGAAGAAUACUACAUUACGAAUACCACCGAUGACAACACAGCACGUCCAACUACAACUGAAGAAGACUACAUUACGAAUACCACCGAUGACAACACAGCACGUCCAACUACAACUGAAGAAUACUACAUUACGAAUACCAUCCAAGACAACACAGCACGUCCAACUACAACUGAAGAAAACUACAUUACGAAUACCACCGAUGACAACACAGCACGUCCAACUACAACUGAAGAAUACUACAUUACGAAUACCACCGAUGACAACACAGCACGUCCAACUACAACUGAAGAAACCUACAUUACGAAUACCAUCCAUGACAACACAGCACGUCCAACUACAACUGAAGAAUACUACAUUACGAAUACCACCGAUGACAACACAGCACGUCCAAAUACAACUGAAGAAUACUACAUUACGAAUACCACCGAUGACAACACAGCACGUCCAACUACAACUGAAGAAUACUACAUUACGAAUACCACCGAUGACAACACAGCACGUCCAACUACAACUGAAGAAUACUACAUUACGAAUACCACCGAUGACAACACAGCACGUCCAAAUACAACUGAAGAACACUACAUUACGAAUACCACCGAUGACAACACAGCACGUCCAACUACAACUGAAGAAUACUACAUUACGAAUACCACCGAUGACAACACAGCACGUCCAACUACAACUGAAGAAUACUACAUUACGAAUACCACCGAUGACAACACAGCACGUCCAACUACAACUGAAGAAUACUACAUUACGAAUACCACCGAUGACAACACAGCACGUCCAACUACAACUGAAGAAGACUACAUUACGAAUACCACCGAUGACAACACAGCACGUCCAACUACAACUGAAGAAUACUACAUUACGAAUACCAUCCAAGACAACACAGCACGUCCAACUACAACUGAAGAAACCUACAUUACGAAUACCAUCCAAGACAACACAGCACGUCCAACUACAACUGAAGAAGACUACAUUACGAAUACCAUCCAAGACAACACAGCACGUCCAACUACAACUGAAGAAACCUACAUUACGAAUACCAUCCAAGACAACACAGCACGUCCAACUACAACUGAAGAAGACUACAUUACGAAUACCAUCCAAGACAACACAGCACGUCCAACUACAACUGAAGAAACCUACAUUACGAAUACCAUCCAAGACAACACAGCACGUCCAACUACAACUGAAGAAAACUAUAUUACGAAUACCAUCCAAGACAACACAGCACGUCCAACUACAACUGAAGAAGACUACAUUACGAAUACCACCGAUGACAACACAGCACGUCCAACUACAACUGAAGAAUACUACAUUACGAAUACCACCGAUGACAACACAGCACGUCCAACUACAACUGAAGAAUACUACAUUACGAAUACCACCGAUGACAACACAGCACGUCCAAAUACAACUGAAGAAACCUACAUUACGAAUACCACCCAUGACAACACAGCACGUCCAACUACAACUGAAGAAUACUACAUUACGAAUACCACCGAUGACAACACAGCACGUCCAAAUACAACUGAAGAAUACUACAUUACGAAUACCACCGAUGACAACACAGCACGUCCAACUACAACUGAAGAAUACUACAUUACGAAUACCACCGAUGACAACACAGCACGUCCAACUACAACUGAAGAAUACUACAUUACGAAUACCACCGAUGACAACACAGCACGUCCAAAUACAACUGAAGAAACCUACAUUACGAAUACCACCCAUGACAACACAGCACGUCCAACUACAACUGAAGAAUACUACAUUACGAAUACCACCGAUGACAACACAGCACGUCCAAAUACAACUGAAGAAUACUACAUUACGAGAUACCACCGAUGA